GCUGUCCCUCAGCCUAUUUACACCCUAAAUCCAUUCGCGAAUCGAAUUUUAAUCGAUAUCCAUUCCAUUAUUAAUUAAAUCGAGUUAAUCCUGUAUCGGAAAUCGCUUAUUAUCAAACCGACAGACAUUAAACGAAUGAUACUAUUGUUUGCAAUGUUUCCUCCGUGCGAUUGGUGUUUGUGAAGUGUUUUCAAUAUGUAAUUGGAGUAAUUAUGAAGUUAUUAAAAACUGAUUAAUUAAACAGAAUGAGAGGGGCUAAGGCGGUUUUUCUCAUUUUGUUUUUCGGCCAUCUCUCCGCCUUACCCGAUACAAUUCGUAUUGGCGGCCUCUUCCACCCCGAGGAUGACAAACAAGAGGUUGCGUUCCGUUACGCAGUGGAGAGGGUUAACGCGGACCGUGCAGUGUUGCCACGAGCGAAAUUACUCGCGCAAGUAGAAACUAUAUCGCCUCAGGAUAGCUUCCACGCUUCUAAAAGAGUAUGUCACCUACUUCGGAGUGGUGUGGCGGCUAUAUUUGGGCCGCAAUCCGCACCUGCAGCCGCCCAUGUUCAGUCCAUAUGUGACACAAUGGAACUGCCCCACCUGGAGACCAGAUGGGAUUAUCGUACAAGGCGGGAGUCCUGUCUAGUUAACUUAUAUCCUCACCCAGCGGCACUUAGCCGGGCAUACGUAGAUCUAGUUCGAGCUUGGGGAUGGAAGUCCUUCACAAUAGUUUACGAGAAUAGCGACGGUCUGGUCCGACUUCAAGAGUUACUGAAAGCCCAUGGGCCGUCUGAAUUGCCUGUUGCGGUCAGACAACUGCCCGAUUCUCACGACUACAGGCCACUUCUCAAGCAAAUAAAGAAUUCCGCUGAGUCACACAUAGUGCUAGAUUGUGCUACGGAGAGGAUAAGGGAUGUAUUACAACAGGCACAGCAGAUUGGAAUGAUGUCCGACUACCACAGUUACCUCAUAACAUCUUUAGAUCUUCAUAGUGUAGAUCUAGAGGAAUUCAAAUAUGGCGGCACGAAUAUUACUGCACUGAGAUUGCUUGAUCCAGAGAGAGCUGAAGUACAAAGAGUAGUCAGGGACUGGGUUUAUGAUGAAGCGAGAAAGGGAAGAAAAUUACAACUGGGACACACCUCAGCUAAGGAAAACAUGACUUUUAUUAAGACUGAGACGGCACUGAUGUACGACGCUGUCCAUUUGUUCGCGAAAGCCCUUCACGACCUUGACACGUCCCAGCAAAUCGACGUCCGUCCGCUUUCGUGUGAGGCGGAAGAUACAUGGCCUCAUGGAUACAGUCUUAUAAACUAUAUGAAGAUAGUGGAAAUGAAAGGUUUAACGGGAGUUAUAAAGUUCGACCAUCAAGGCUUUCGUAGCGACUUUACCCUUGACAUAAUAGAGCUGACACGGGACGGCCUACAAAAGGCUGGAAUAUGGAACUCAUCCGAAGGUGUAAACUAUACGAGGUCUUACGGCGAUAACCAAAAGCAAAUAGUGGAAAUUUUACAAAACAAAACGCUUAUUGUUACAACAAUUCUGAGUGCACCAUAUUGCAUGAGAAAGGAGGCGAGUGAAAAAUUAACUGGCAACGCGCAAUUUGAGGGAUAUGCGAUCGAUUUAAUUCAUGAGAUAUCAAAAGUUCUCGGCUUCAAUUACACAUUCAAGCUAGCCCCUGACGGUCGGUACGGGUCAUAUAACCGGGAGAGCAAGGAAUGGGACGGGAUGAUACGGGAAUUGUUGGAACAAAGGGCCGAUUUAGCGAUAGCCGACCUCACUAUUACAUACGACAGGGAACAAGUUGUAGACUUCACGAUGCCAUUUAUGAAUCUCGGAAUAUCAGUACUCUACCGCAAGCCGAUAAAACAACCACCAAAUCUAUUUUCCUUCCUAUCGCCAUUAUCACUAGAUGUCUGGAUAUAUAUGGCCACCGCCUACCUAGGAGUCUCUGUUCUACUAUUUAUACUUGCAAGGUUUACGCCGUACGAAUGGCACCAAUCACGCACACCAGACGGCGAAAAAAUGGAGAACAUAUUUUCACUAGCAAAUUGUUUAUGGUUUGCCAUCGGAUCACUCAUGCAACAGAGCUGUGACUUUUUGCCCAAGUUCAGCCCGUACGAGUGGGACAAUCCCCGGAACUGUGUUGACGAGCCGCCGGUGCUGGAGAAUCAGUUCACACUGUUGAACUCGCUAUGGUUCACCAUUGGAUCAUUGAUGCAGCAAGGUUCGGAUAUCGCACCGAAAGCUGUCUCAACCAGGAUGGUAGCAGGGAUGUGGUGGUUCUUUACAUUGAUUAUGAUCUCUUCAUACACCGCAAAUCUGGCAGCUUUUCUUACGGUGGAGAGGAUGGACUCCCCAAUCGAAAGUGCUGAAGACUUGGCAAAGCAAACCAAGAUCAAGUAUGGAGCUUUGAAAGGAGGUUCCACUGCAGCUUUUUUCAGAGACUCAAACUUCUCAACGUACCAAAGAAUGUGGUCUUUCAUGGAGUCAGCUAGGCCGUCAGUAUUCACAACUAGUAAUAAAGAAGGGGAGGAAAGAGUAAUGAGGGGUAAGGGAGCGUAUGCAUACCUCAUGGAAUCGACGACAAUUGAAUACGUUGUGGAAAGGAAUUGCGACUUGACGCAAGUUGGUGGGAUGCUGGACUCUAAAGGAUAUGGAAUAGCUAUGCCGCCAAAUUCACCAUACCGUACCGCUAUAAGUGGCGCUGUUUUAAAACUGCAAGAAGAAGGGAAACUGCACAUAUUGAAGACAAAGUGGUGGAAAGAGAAGCGUGGAGGCGGUUCAUGUCGAGAUGAGACAUCUAAAUCUUCGUCAACGGCGAAUGAGCUGGGUUUGGCAAAUGUGGGAGGUGUGUUCGUGGUGCUCAUGGGCGGUAUGGGUGUGGCCUGUGUUAUAGCCGUUUGUGAAUUCGUCUGGAAGUCCCGAAAAGUGGCUGUUGAUGAAAGAAAGGAGGAGGCAUCGCUUUGUUCGGAGAUGGCAUCUGAGUUACGAUCCGCUCUGAAGUGUCCUAGUGGCGGAAGUGGAGGGGGCAGUGGACCUCGUGAGGGGGCAGAUUCUCCCUACUUGCACUACGGAUUCAGUACCAAGAGCCAACUGCACUAGCGGCCGGACCGUGCCGCCUCGCCACCAAGCGAUGUGUAGGCAUGGAUAACAUAAUGAUAUCGUACAUUGCGUGCCCAAAACCCUGUCAAUCGUACACUAAGCGUAUUUUUUGCUAGUUGUAGAUGCUUAUAAAAGAACGACUGACAAAUGGUUGUAUUUGACAGUCGUUCGACAGGUAUUCAAUACUGAAACAAAAUAUUUGCGCAAUUAUAAUUUAUAUUGAUACAAACACUUACCGUGACUUGACAAGGACUUCAGUAGCUGCCAGACAGCUACUGAAUUGUAAAUAGAAAUGCAGAUUUGAUAAUUCCAGUCGAAGUUUUGCUCGACGAUGUACUUAUUUGUCAUUUUACAAUAUAAAAUCCUCCUAAUCGUUACUAUAAAUUUCAUACUAAUUCCAGAGGAUAGUAUUUGUAACAUACUUGAUGGUGUGUCUUAGGUGUAACGAUGGCGCUUUGGUCAGGUUUACGAGCCUAAUACAAUAUUAUAAUUACGCACGAUCAUUACUUGCCAACCCCUAAUUGAUACAUAGACGUAUUUAAGCAAAUCAUAGGUAAUUUCAAAUUUUAUUAAAAUUGUGCAUUCUAAAUAUUUUACGUUCAAUGUAAUUUGAAAACAAUCGAAAAGCAUCGGGUUUAAAUGCUAUCCCAGUGGCAAAAACUACCAAAGACUGAUGUUUAUAAGGCGUACUUAGGCCAGCACACCACUUACAAAUAAAGAAGCUGGUGUGCAUAGAAAUGUUGUAAGAAUUUUCAUGAUAUAUUGCCUAAAUGUAAGUCUUCAGCUAAGAAGACAAAUAAAUUAGAAACCUGAAAAUACACAUAUUUGGCGUAUGUAAAUCUUAUAAAAGUAAAAGUACGCCUUAUAAAUUUUGGCCUUAUGGCAUAAUGCGACGACACAAUUAAAUUAUUGAAAUAUCUAUGUAUAUAAUCUUACAACUCAUAUCGUCGUUUAAGAUAUAUCGUUGUGACGUAUGUUUUAACAUUUAUAGUAUUAGAUCCGUGAUGUACUUGCCAAAACUUACAAUUGUGCCAAACUUGUAAAUAUCAUAUCAUUGAAAUCUUCAUAACUUUUGUAAAUAGUUUUCAUGACAUUGGUAUUAAGCAUUUCUAGUAUAAUUAAAUUGAUAAUUGAAUCUUGCAAGUCCAUUCACACUAUAUCGGUUUCGGAAUGGUGUGAACAUAGUUUUAGUAUGUUUCCAAUUAGCAGGAGAUUGUGGUCAACACAUACUGUAGUAAUCGGCAUUAUGUAACAUUACUUAUAUGUAUGUGUUCGUUAAUGCUAAAUGAGUUCCACGGGAUUGUACACUGUGUAAUUAUUGUCAAUCUUUAUUUGAAAAGGAACAUUGUAACUAAGUACAAUUGUUUUUUUUUUUUAACACAGAAUAAAAUAAACAAAAAUUCGUUACAUUAUUGCAUUAUGAAAAUGUUUAUACAUAGGAGAAAAAAAGGAAUGAUAUUUGAUAUUAAAGAGUAAUUAUUACAUCAAUUCAGUUUCAAAGUCAUUAUAAGCCGAUAUAAUGUUAAUGUAUAAUAAAUAAGUAAGACGUAAGAUUGGUGUAUUAAAUUGACCACAAUGAAUAAAUAAUUUUAUUAUAGAUGGAAAUAUGUACUAGAUAAUUCAAUUAAUAUAAUUUAUUAUAAUGAAACACAGUUAAUUUGUACAACAGCU